CUCCAAUCUCACUAUCAGAAGAAAGAGUUUCAGAAAGCCACCAUGGAUCCAUCACCUAAGAGCUUCCCAAUCCUCUCCUAUGUCAUGUCCCGCAUCACCUCUGCAAACACGGAUCCCUUAUCCGGCACCGGCACCGGCACUGAUUCCGAUUUCGUCCACAUAGACAUCGAGCAACCACCGCUGCCGUUGAUGGAGCAGAUGCCUGCUCUGAAGGACCCAGAGCUACUGGCAGCCAUGACCAAGGCCGUCUCUGAGGUCGCCCAGACCCGAUCGGUUCUCCAGUCCCUUGGCGAAUCCCCCGACCACGAGGCUGUCGACCUUGCCAAGGCUAAGAUCUCCGAAAUUGAGUCCAAUCUCUCCAAGCAACUUGAAGAGAUCGUGAUUGCUCCUCGCCCCGAGAGUGUAGAUCGCCUGGAUUGGAGGGCUCAACUGGCGAAGAAGGAGGACCAAGCUCGACAGGUCGCCGAGAAGGAGAAGGAAGGUUACAAGGCCGUGGUGCGGUUGUAUGAGAUGCAUGAGGCCUACGAGAAGCUCUUGAGGGAUGCGGAGGACAAGUUGGUCAAUAUAUAUCGUUCUGCCACUCUCGAAACUGAGGAUGGAGAGGAGGAUGUUACAUUGCCGGUUGAUGAAGAGGUGAAUGAGGAAGUUGUUAGCAUCUUGCAAGAGGCGUCAGGGAAGGAAUUGGAUAGGAUUGAUCUUAAGGGGCGUCAAUUGAGGUUUCUUCCUGAGGAGUUUGGAAAAAUUCGGGGCUUGGUCGCUCUCAACCUUUCUAGCAAUCAAUUUGAGGUUAUUCCUGAUUCAAUUGGUGGACUAGACAAUCUGGAGGAGCUAAAUCUUUCAAACAACCUUUUGGUGUCACUGCCAGAUUCCAUUGGAUUGUUAAAUAAGCUGAAAAUCCUUAAUGUGUCAGCAAAUAAGCUUACAGCCCUACCUGAUAGCAUCUCCCAUUGCGGAUCAUUGGUGGAGCUGGAUGCAAGCUUCAAUUCUCUGACAUACUUGCCCACGAAUAUUGGGUAUGAACUGGUGAAUCUGCAAAGGCUUUCAAUCCAUCUCAAUAAGAUCCGUUCUGUUCCAACUUCUAUUUGUGAGAUGAAGUCUUUGUGCCAACUUGAUGUCCACUUCAAUGAACUCCAUGGUCUGCCUCAAGCCAUUGGGAAAUUGACUAGUCUUGAGGUUCUGAAUCUAAGCAACAACUUCAGUGACCUGACAGAACUUCCUGAGACAUUUGGUGAUCUGAUAAAUCUCAGGGAACUUGAUCUCAGCAACAACCAAAUCCAUGCUCUUCCGGAUACGUUUGGUCAGUUGGCCAAGUUAACUAAGCUCAACUUGGAGCUGAAUCCACUGGUCCUUCCACCGAUGGAAGUAGUGAAUAAAGGAGUUGACGCUGUCAAGGUGUUUAUGGCGAAGAGGAAGCUUGACAUGCUAUUAGAGGAAGAACAAAGGAGUGCAGAAGAAGCAAACAACGAAGGGCAGAAUGGGUGGUUGACUCGCAGUACCUCAUGGUUGAAUAACUUUGUUACUGGAUAUUUUGUAGGUGGUACAGGCUCACCAAGAGACGCAUAUCUGGACCAGCAAUUAUGAUUUCAUAAACGUCUGACUUCUUUCGCCUUGUAUUUUUCGUGGUAUGUACAGGCUUCACUAUGAGAUGUCCUUGGUUUGUGUAAAAAACUUGCUCAUUGCUUGAUCUACUGGAACUCCCUGAGCAAGCACUGGUUCUAACAGUUUUGCUGCAUUUUCUUUUGUUUCGAGGUUAUCAAACAUCUUUGAAAUGUUCAUAAAUUUUAUGCCAAAAUAAAUGGCAAGAAGUUUUCCUGCA